AUGGGUUGCGACGGAGGAACUAUCCCCAAGAGGCACGAACUGGUGAAGGGACCCAAAAAGGUUGAGAAGGUUGACAAAGAUGCAGAACUCGUGGCCCAGUGGAACUACUGUACUCUAAGUCAAGAAAUAUUAAGGCGACCGAUAGUUGCCUGUGAACUUGGCAGGCUUUAUAACAAAGAUGCCGUCAUUGAGUUUCUGUUGGACAAGUCAUCUGAAAAGGCUCUUGGGAAGGCAGCAUCUCACAUUAAAAGCAUGAAGAAUGUGACAGAGCUGAAGCUUUCUGAUAAUCCCGCCUGGGAAGGGGACAAAGGCAACACCAAAGGUGACAGGCACGAUGACCUCCAGCGGGCGCGCUUCAUCUGCCCCGUCGUGGGCUUGGAGAUGAAUGGCCGGCACAGGUUUUGCUUCUUGCGGUGCUGUGGCUGCGUCUUCUCUGAACGUGCCCUGAAAGAGAUAAAAGCAGAAGUCUGCCACACAUGCGGCUCUGCGUUCCAGGAGGAGGAUGUCAUCGUGCUGAACGGCACCAAGGAGGACGUGGAGCUGCUGAAGACCAGGAUGGAGGAGAGAAGGCUGAGAGCGAAGCUGGGGAAGAAAGCAAGGAAGCCCAAGGCGGCCGAGGCCCUGUCCAAGCCAGCUGUCCCUGAAGAAUUUGCAGGGCCGUCAACUGUUAAGACAGGGAAGCCUGAGGAAACCAGCCCUGAUUCGAGGGAGAAGAAGAGCAUCCCGGCUCCCAAAAGUGCAGCAACCAAUGGGAGUGCUUCUGGAAAGGUCGGGAAGCCUCCAUGUGGAACCACAAAGAGGUCCAUCGCCAGCAGCGAAGAAUCCGAGGCCUACAAGUCCCUCUUCACUACUCACAGCUCCGCCAAGCGCUCCAAGGAGGAGUCCGCCCACUGGGUCACCCACACCUCCUACUGCUUUUGA